AUGAAUGAAUUUCGUCAUCGGAUUCGAAAAUUCCACCCGGACAAGUCGUCGGAACAGACACCAGACAUAUUUUAUGAAAUGAUAAAGGCUAAGGGUGUACACUGGGGUCAUCAGGCUCAAAUUCUACCGGCGCUUGAGCCCAGAAAGAAAGAUCUGUAUUUAAAUGAUCCAUAAAUCAAUACCGAGGCUAAAUAUUUGACUACAUAUUCUAAUUACUCUCGCACAGAUGUCAACUACUUUCCUAAAACAGCCAGAAAGAGACCGCAUAUAAAAAGUCCACGAAUUCGUCAAGAACUUGGAUUUUUGCCACCAUAUGUAACCAUUAGUAGCAGUCGUAAACUUUUGUCGCAGUUUACUGGGAAAGCAAUGAUGCCUUUGCAAGCAAAUUUAAUAUUUAAUAAAGAAUCAGAAGUUACGUGUGCUGUUAAAUUGACUUUGGUUGUGGAAAUGACUUUUAAGCAAGUGAAUACUUAUUAUCCACAGGAAGGUUGA